AUGCCUCCCUCCACCACCGACACACCCCCCAAACCAGCCUACUUCCCCACCUCACCGCUCUCGCCGCUCCACCCCCCUUCAACCCUCUACUCGCACCUCCGCUCCCUGCCCCCCUCCUCCCUCCACCCCACCCACACGCACCUCAUCCCCCCGCGCUCCGCCCACGCCUUCCUCGUCCCCGCAGGCUCCCUAUUCCGCCUCUCGACGCCCCAGGGCGCACAAGUCGGCGACCUGAACGUCUGGAACGCGAGUGAUGCGCGGGAAAAGUUCUGGGCGGCCCGGACGCGGCAGUUGCAGAGUAGCCAUUUGCGGGUUGGGGAUCGCUUGUGGAGUUGCCUGCCGUUUUUGAGGCCGUUGUGUGGGGUUGUUGAGGAUGGGUGUUUGCUUGGGGAGAGGAAGGCGGAGGGGAUCGAGGGUGAGGGUGAGGGUGAGGGUGAGGGCGAGGCGAAGGAGAGGACAAAGUGGGGAGGCAGGUGUCAUGAUUUGUUGGGCACGAGAUGUGAUCCUUAUGUGUCACACAUGCUUACGGGCGCGAGCUACGAUUUCCACUGCCACUCCAACCUCGUGCGGGCGGUCUUGCCGUUUGGUCUCACGGAAUUCGACGUUCACGAUGUACUCAAUGUGUUUCAGGUUACUGGGCUGGAUGAGCAAGGGAGAUACUUUAUGGAGGCUAGCCCUGCGACUGAGGAGAGUUAUAUUACGUUUUUUGCGGAGCAGGAUUUGCUGUGUGCGUUGAGUACGUGUCCGGGCGGGGAUUUGAGUGCGUGGGGGUGGCAUCAGGCGGAGGAAGGGAAGGAAGGGGGGGAGGGGGAGGCACCGCCGGAUAUGAAGAGUACGUGUCGGCCGAUUAAAGUGGAGGUGCUGGAGAUUGAGGAAGGGGUGAGGAGGGAGGUGUUGAAGGAUUGGAAGAGGCCUGAGAAAAGUGGGUAUGCGGGUAUGCAUGGGAUGAGGAUUCCGACUGGAGAAGAGUGA